AAUAAAGUUGCAUUCAAAAUGACCUUCCUGUCAUCAUCCGGGUCCCUGGACAUAUCCCGCUACGCAUGCGCACUCUGUCACUGUGGUUCGACCUCUGCAGUCGAGAGACCCGGGCUUCAACCAGAUUCGACCGAACCGGUUAAAAACUACUUGAAGUAGAAAAUGUACGCCUGUGCAAAGUUCGUUUCCUCGCCGGCUCUGGUCCGUGCUGGUUCCCGGGCUCUUUAUAGACCCCUGUCUGCCUCUGUGCUGUCCAGGCCUGAGGUCAAAACAGAGAGCACUGUUGCUGUGAUGCCACAGAGCCCCCUCGCUCAGGUCACACUGAGGGGCUUCCAGACAAGCGCAGUGAGCCGGGACAUUGACACCGCCGCCAAGUUUAUCGGUGCCGGAGCCGCCACAGUCGGUGUUGCCGGAUCUGGUGCUGGAAUCGGGACCGUGUUCGGCAGUCUGAUCAUUGGCUAUGCUAGAAACCCAUCUCUGAAGCAGCAGCUGUUCUCCUAUGCCAUCCUGGGAUUUGCCCUGUCUGAAGCCAUGGGACUGUUCUGUUUGAUGGUCGCUUUCCUGAUCCUGUUUGCUAUGUAAAACUCUGCUGUCCAACUUUCAUUACAGAUGUGACUACAC